AAUGUGACCUAAUCAACCCUAAUCUUUUGUCAGAAUACCAACAAAGUUCUCGCCCUCUCUCUCUCCUCUCUCUGAUGUCGAAACCCCCACUGCCUCGAUCUUGCUCUGUCAAGUUUUGAUCUUUGAUUUCCUGGUUCUGCUUUCAAACGUCAGAUAUGCGAACUUCAUUCUAUCGUUAACAUCGACAAUGGAAAAAUCUGUCAACUUGUACGGUAUUUUGAAGGCAAAUGAUCAGCCAACGUGCCCCAGUUAGUACAGCUGGCUUUUUGCGAUGAGAAUGUCCCUCAGGGAGUUUCCAGUCAGAUGCAACAAAAUGACAGUCGUAUUCUUCAUCUCUUUUUUCGCUUCCCAGGAAGCUAAACAUUGGAAUAGUUGACGAUUGCGUUGAAGGAAAUUUCAAACAAGCUGAUUGGAUUGUCAGCUUUUGAUUGUUUUUGUUUGCCACAUGGAGGGCCAGACGUUUGUUGUUGGUCAAGAGUUCCCUGAUGUCAAGGCCUUCAGGAAUGCAAUUAAAGAAGCUGCAAUUGCUCAACACUUCGAGCUUCGUAUCAUAAAAAGUGACCUUAUCCGCUACUUUGCGAAGUGUGCGACAGAUGGUUGUCCAUGGCGCAUCCGUGCUGUGAAGCUUCCUAAUGCCCCAACCUUUACAAUAAGAAGCCUUGAAGGGACACACACUUGUGGUAGAAAUGCACACAAUGGGCACCACCAGGCUUCUGUUGAUUGGAUUGUCAGUUUUAUAGAAGAACGUCUGCGGGAUAACAUUAAUUACAAACCAAAGGAUAUAUUGCAUGAUAUCCAUAAGCAAUAUGGGAUAACUAUACCGUAUAAGCAAGCUUGGCGUGCAAAGGAACGAGGACUUGCUGCGAUUUAUGGCUCUUCUGAGGAAGGAUAUUGCCUUCUUCCGUCAUAUUGUGAGCAAAUAAAGAAGACCAACCCUGGAAGCAUUGCAGAGGUGUUUACCACUGGUGUGGAUCAUCGGUUCCAGCGGUUGUUUGUGUCCUUUUAUGCGUCCAUUUGUGGUUUUUUGAAUGGUUGCUUGCCCAUCGUUGGGCUCGGUGGAAUCCAGCUUAAAAGCAAAUAUCUUGGUACCUUACUCUCUGCAACUUCUUUUGAUGCUGAUGGUGGGUUAUUUCCGCUAGCAUUUGGUGUUGUUGAUGUAGAAACUGAUGAGAGCUGGAUGUGGUUCUUGUCAGAGUUGCAUAAGGCGCUGGAGAUGAACACUGAGAAUAUGCCGGAGCUCACAUUUUUAUCUGAUGGGCACAAGGGCAUUGCAGAUGCAGUAAGAAGAAAAUUCCCCAAUUCAUUACAUGCUUUUUGCAUGCGCCACUUGAGUGAAAGCAUUGGAAAAGAGUUUAAGAACUCUAGGCUUGUUCAUCUUCUAUGGAAUGCUGCAUAUGCCACUACCAUGUUUGGCUUUAAAGAAAAAAUGGCUGAAAUAGAGGAGGUAUCUCCGGAGGCUGCAAAAUGGCUACAACAAUUCCAUCCUUCCCUCUGGGCAUUAGUGUAUUUUGAAGGAACACGUUAUGGUCAUCUCUCAUCAAAUAUUGAGGAGUUCAAUACGUGGAUUCUCGAAGCUCGUGAGCUGCCCAUAAUCCAGGUGAUUGCGACGAUUCAUAUUAGAUUGAUGGCUGAGUUUGAAGAACGGCGUUUUAAGAGUAAUUCUUGGUUUUCUGUACUUGCUCCAUCCGCUGAGAAGCAUAUUUUAGAAGCCAUUGGCCAUGCAUCCACAUAUCAGGUCCUUCGUUCUGAUCAAGUAGAAUUUGAGGUUCUCUCAGCUGACCGAUCAGACAUUGUGAAUAUUGGCACCCGUUGUUGUUCCUGCCGUGAUUGGCAGCUAUAUGGGAUACCGUGUUCCCAUGCUGUGGCUGCCUUCAUCUCCUGUCGAAAAGAUGUAUACGCCUUUACAGAGAAAUAUUUUACCGUUGCAAGUUACCGUGAGGCAUAUGCUGAACAGAUAUACCCUAUCCCUGGAAAAAUUGAAUGGAGAAAGGCAGAUGAGGCUUGUGUGGAUGACGAUACUCGAGUUGUGCGACCUCCUAAGUUUCGUAGACCGCCAGGACGCCCAGAAAAGAAACGAAUUUGUGUAGAGGACCUUAAUCGUGAGAAACAUACUGUGCAUUGUAGUCGGUGUAACCAAACUGGACAUUACAAGACAACUUGCAAAGCAGAGACUUGCAAAGCAGAGAUUAUGGAUAGUAUCGAACAGUUCUAGGUGUCUAAUUUUGUAUUCUAGAGAUCACCUCCUGAACGUUUACUAUAUUUAUAUUACCUUAGUGUAGAAUAGUGUUCCUGUAAUUAUGCCAUACUAGUUAUUCAAAUCAUGUAAAGUAGGAUUUGUCCAUUGUGCCAUUAGACGUACGUGUAAUUGGAAGGACUUCUGAAAUUGCAGAUGUUUCUUGCUAUAAUGAAGUGUUAAAAACCAGCGUAUUUU